AACCGGGCAGAAGGCCUUGUAGCCCCAUUGCGCCCCCGCCUCGCCGUAGGCGCCGGCCUACGCCUCGUCGUCGUCGCCCUCCGCGGCCGCGGCCUUGUCGUCGUCGUAGCCGGCCGCGGACUCGCCGUCGUCGUCGCCCUCCGCGGCCGCGGCCUUGUCGUCGUCGUCGCCGGCCGCGGAAUCGCCGUCGUCGCUGGAAGCCGCCCCCUCCGUCACCUCCUCCUCCCCCUUGAACAGGACGUCGAACAUGUUCUCCGGGCCGCUGAGCUGGCCGGGCUUCAGGGGGACCUGGACCUAGGUGGCCUCGAGGGUGUCCUGCGGCGUCUUCUGGAAGACGAUGUGGCGCGGGGGCAGGAUGCCGGCGAGCUGGCGCCCAAGCCGACGGGCGCCGCGGGACGGCUUGGCAGCGCGCUUGGCGGGGAGGGACGCGGCGCGGUCCAUGGCAGGCGCUAG